AUGGGUCUUAUCUUCUGGAGUCAUUUGGUGAUUCUAUCAUGUGCUACUCUGACCAGCAGUGUCCAAAUACCCAUCCAGGCGCCCACUACCCCGCCUAAUUCCAAAUCUACGAUGCCGGAGAUAUGGGAUUUCAACGCGACCCCUAGUCUAAAUUCAACCAACCACCUUAUAUUCGACACCGUUGGUUCGCUAGCGCAGCAUUGGACCAACACCCGUUAUCGAAAUGGACACACAGUUGUACCAGGAACUGUGCCCAUCGGUACACUCCUCUACCAUGGCACUGACCAGCCUGAAGUUCCUACGGAACCCGACUGGAUUGCCACAGACCCAGACCACUCGUAUGUUUUUUGCAGGACCUCAUCCGCAAGCGGCAACUCUGGUUGCUGGCACUUGACCCUCGUUGUCACCCGUCCGCUCAGAGUCCUGUAUUUUGACGGAACCAGUGCCGCUAAGAUGCAAGGCGGUACCAUGGACAGCCAGGAUAUCACAGUUUGGGGACAAGUCAAGCCCGAGUGGACUUGGAAUGAGAGGAAGAGGAUUAACGACCUGUGUGAAUGGGGCCGGAAGUUUGGGUUGGAUGGAUUCAUGAGAAUGGAAAUGGACUUUGAAAUCAUGCUCUGCAAUUUUGCGAACGGCGUUGAAAUUGUCUCUCACCUCAAUCUCGACCCAGGCAAAGAUGCACAUCCUGCUGGGCUAGAUCUCUUAAGUUUAUCUGCUACCUAUGUUCUCCAAUAUCGUUCUAUCGAGGCUGGUGGAUGGCAUAACACAUAUCCUGGAGAGACACGGGUCAAACUCGACCUCAACCGCUUGAUCUCGUUCUACGACACCAACCUUUUUCCUAGUCUUGUGUUUGCAAGAUUUGGCCAGGAGAGGUGGAAGCAUCGUUUACAAGGGCUCAACGCUGUUGACUCCAAGACUUUUCAGGCGAAACUUCAGGAGGUUCUAACACAAAGUGACGAUGCAGGAAGUGGUGUUGAUUGGUCGACCUUGAUUCAUGUUGUUGUAGACCGAUACGCCGAACGACUGGAAAUUCUCCAUUACCUGUUGAACACCACAAGCACAGCCGAACACGUCAAGCGAGUUCAAGGCCACAUAAGGAGCAUGGUCGUCCAGCAUAUUCUUUACACGUACACGCCCAGCCCGGAAUCGACUAAUUACUCAUGGGCGGUACCAGUGUACGAGCACUGCGCUACCACACACACUCGCUACAUCUCAUCAUCGCCCAGUCUAUCUGCGAGGCUGACCAGCUCCGAAUCAUUGAUCCUCCAUUCAAUACAAGAGGUAUCCAAGGAGAUUUGCCGUGUCGUGGUGGGAAUGUGGGCUAGAGGCGUCGAGCUUGGCUUUGAUACUAUUCCCACAUCACCCUCGUCUUCAUCCGAAAAACUGGAUCCCGGAACAGCAACUACCAUUUGCCAAUGGAAGGAACGCACAGAGGCAUUGAUGGCGUGGCUGGAUUGGAGCGUGUGGGUGAGGUGUAGGCCGGAAUGUGGGUACGAGGAGAUAUGUUAUCUUCCGACGUGGCCUUUCCUUGAUGGACCGGAUUGGCCCCCUCUUCCUGGGCCUGAUGUUGAUGAGGCGAGGACGCAGCUGAGCGGUGAGGGUGGCGAAGAGGGAUUACACGUUCGGCCGAUACCCAAAUGUAUCCGCCGCGUUGAACCUUUCGGAUUCUGA